ACUGACUGGAAGUUGGCGAAAAAUGGCGUCAAGUCCUUAAUACAAUAACUUGUGUGAAUUAAGUGAUACCUAGUUUUUGUUUUUGUUUUUUUUAAAAGAAAGAAAUGAGCUGUGAAAAGAGAACAACAAAACUUUAGUCAAAAAAAAACCCCGCCCGAAGUUUUGUUCUUUUUUCGCCUCGCUCCAGCUGCCUUUUUCUUGUCUACAAUGGGUUGUUGUAGCAGCACGAAGAGUAAACGUGACUGGAGUCCGCUGAAGGAGCGCAGUUGUACGGACAUCCCAUGGCUCAUCAUCUUCACGCUCUUCUGCGUUGGAAUGGUUUGUAUAUGUGGCUACACCAUCGCCACAGGAGCUGCCUCACGACUUAUAUCGGGAUACGACAGCUACGGCAACAUCUGUGGUCACAAUAACACCAAGAUCCAGGACGUUGAGCUCAGCGGCCGGAACAUGCUUGAAAACAAGUAUGUAUUCUUUCUGGACCCGUGCAACAUUGACAUCAUAAACAGGAAGAUGAAGAGCAUCGCUUUGUGCGUCUCCAAAUGUCCUGCUACUGAACUGAAGACCCAUUAUGAUUUAAAGCAGUUUGCACUAUCUAAUGGAUCUGCACUCUGCACCUAUGAUAUCAGUCCAGCAAGAUACCCAGGCCACUCGGAUCGAUUCACCAAAUGUCCCAAGCUCCCUGUUCCACCAAGUAAAUCAGUGCCACUGUUCCGCCGUUGCAUACCAGCGGACAUCAGUUGCUAUGCGGAAUUGGCCCUCUCCUUCUUCACAUUCAUUAGUGACAACAACGUUUUUCGUCGAGUCGUCGCGGGAGUGAUGGCCAGCAAGGACAUCAUUAUGGGACUUUGUCUUCUGUCCUUCGUUCUUUCCCUCAUCAUGAUGGUCGUUAUCCGUUACAUCUCUAAAGUGCUGGUGUGGAUUCUCACGGUCCUGGUAGUCAUUGGCACUCUAGGGGGGACUGGCGUCCUCUGGUGGCUGUAUGUGGACCACAGGAACGCCCUCAAUAACAACACCACCUCUGUCUUCGGGAAAGAAGUGGCGGCCGAUAAUGUGAAGGCUCUCCUCGUGUAUGCCAUUGGUGCCACUGUUUUCACGAUGGUUCUCCUGCUGAUCAUGUUCUUCUUGAGGAAGCGCGUGGCUCUCACAAUUUCCCUGUUCCACGUGGCUGGAAAAGUGUUCAUCCACAUUCCCUUGCUGGUCCUGCAGCCUUUCUGGACCUUCCUCUGCCUCAUCCUCUUCUGGGUCUACUGGCUGGCCGUGCUUCUCCUCCUUGGACUUUCAGGAAGUCCGGUGAAGAACAACUCCACAAAUGCGGUGGAGUACCCGAUGAACGGAGCCGCCCAGUACUUGGUCUGGUAUCACGCGGUGGGUUUGAUCUGGAUCAGCGAGUUCAUCCUCGCCUUCCAGCAGAUGACUAUCGCCGGUGCUGUGGUCACCUACUACUUCACACGGAAUAAAUCCAACAUGCCGUCCACCCCCAUCCUGUCCGCAACGGUGCGUACCCUCCGCUACCAUCUCGGUACUCUGGCCAAAGGCUCCUUCAUCAUCACGCUGGUCAAGAUUCCUCGUCUCAUCCUGACAUACAUCCACAGUCAACUCAAAGGAAAAGAGAAUGCGUGUGCUCGCUGCAUGCUAAAAUCAUGCAUCUGCUGCUUAUGGUGUUUGGAGAAGUGUUUGGCGUACUUGAAUCAAAACGCUUACACAGCGACAGCCAUCAACAGCACCAGUUUCUGCACAUCAGCCCGGGACGCUUUUGUAAUCCUGGUGGAGAACGCAGUGCGAGUAGCUACCAUCAACACAGUGGGCGACUUUGUCCUCUUUUUGGGAAAGGUGCUCAUCGUGGCCUGCACGGCGUUCGCCGGUGUGCUGGCGUUGAACUACCAGCGCGAGUACACGGUGUGGGUGCUCCCUCUUCUCAUCGUCUGCGUCUUUGCCUACAUGGUGGCCCACUGUUUCCUCUCAGUGUUCGAGAAUGUGGUAGACGUCCUCUUCCUCUGCUUUGCCGUCGACAGCAAGUACAACGACGGCAGCUCCGGUCGGGAGUACUUCAUGGACAAGACCUUAAUGGAAUAUGUUGAGAACAGUAAGAAAAGUGGCCGUUACAAGCCAGAAGACGGAAGUGGACGAGAGAUGAAGCCCAUGACGUGAGAGGGGACGCCGGAUAGAUGGAAAGAGAUCUAACCAAGAAAAUUUGACAGGAAAUACUUUGUUUUGAUUUGACGACACUAAAGUUGUGGGGCUGCAUUCUAGUCAAUCUGUCGAAUGUCUUUCUUAAACUCCAAAUAUAGCUUUUAUUCCAUUUCGACCUCAGCAACGACCGAUUUAACAUGGUUUAACAUGUUUGGGAACUAAAAACAGUUGGUGUACAUUUUUAAGCGUUGUAAUAACUGUGUGACUGUUUAUUACUAGUUUUUGUAUUUCAAAUAAAGAAAGCUAUC